GAACGGCCUGAAGCGCAGCUGGCUGGGCCCAUUGGAUGGGGGGUUAAUAGCUAGAAAGAUGGCUUCCCCUACCUGUGCCAUGGGCCCCAUGGACAGCAUCGAGCUCCUGGACCUGCUCUUUGACCGGCAGGAUGGCAUCCUGAGACAUGUGGACCUGGGCGAGGACCAGGUGCUGCCAGGCGCAGACUCCGAUGGCUUCCUGAACUGCUACCUGGGCCCUGGAGACUCAGCUCCCAGCUCCCCGACCUGGUCCCCCGCUGCCAGUGACAGUGGCAUUUCUGAGGACCUGCCCUCUGACCCCCAGGACACCCCUCCCCACCGGGGGCCACCUCCCACGGCGGCGGGGGGCCCUCCCUCCGAGCCUGGCAAGGACCUCUGCCCUUCCUUUGUCCCCAGCCCGCCCUGUCCCCCAGCCAGGCAGCCGGGGACCCCGGUACUCGAGACCUCUGUGGCCAUCGACCUGGAACUGUGGAGCUCCGCAGGCACGUACACGGAGGAGCAGGCUGGCUCACCCUCCCGCUUCAGCCUCUCCGUGAAGCAACUCCUGCUGUCCAGCAGCGGCGGCGGGGACCCGCAACAGCAUCACCUAGCAGCUGCCCACCUGCUGCGGCCUGGGACCGGGCACUGCCAGGAGCUGGUGCUGACUGAGGACGAGAAGAAACUGCUGGCCAAGGAAGGCAUCACCCUGCCCACACAGCUGCCCCUCACCAAGUAUGAGGAGCGAGUGUUGAAGAAGGUCCGCCGGAAAAUCCGUAACAAGCAGUCGGCCCAAGAAAGCAGGAGGAAGAAGAAAGAAUAUAUCGAUGGCUUGGAGACCCGGAUGUCAGCCUGCACUGCCCAGAAUCAGGAGCUGCACAGGAAAGUCCUGCACUUGGAGAAGCAGAACCUGUCUCUCUUGGAGCAGCUGAAGAAACUCCAGGCCCUCGUGGUCCAGUCCACCAGCAAGUCUGCGCAGACUGGCACCUGCAUAGCGGUCCUGCUCCUGUCCUUCGCCCUCAUCGUCCUCCCCUCUGUCAGCCCCUUCGCCUCGGGCAAGGCCGAGAACCCCGGGGAUUUCACACCCGUGCGUGUCUUUUCCAGAACCUUGCACAACGAUGCCGCCUCCAGGGUGGCCCCUGAGGCUCCGCCAGGCCCCGCCGAGGCCCCGGGACCCCGGGCUGACACCGGCGCACCCUGGAAAGCAUCGCCAGGCAGCGGCCUGGGGCCAGCCUGGGGGGGCUUCCUGGACGUUCCGGGGCAGGGCACCCCGGUGGAGGAGCUGGACCACGCCACCGCCCUGGUCUUGAGCAACUCCACCGAGGGGCUGGGCCGGGCCACCCUGCUGGACUGGGCAUCCCCCGACCCCAGGCUCAGCUCGGGGAUCGCGGGGCUGGAGGCGGUGGGGGAGCUGUGAGCACCCCAGGAUCGAGCCUCUACACCCCCAUGCCCAGGGAGGCUCAGCAGCGGGCAGCAGCACCUCCUCUGACUGACCCUCAAGUAAGGAGCAGGGACCCACAAGGGCUGAGACUCAGCCCAGUCAGACAGGCACAGACAGACAGCCCCUGCC